AAUUUUUUGCAUGUUAAAUUGUGAAUCAUGUUACCCAAGUUAUUUUAUUCUAUUUGUUAUACUUUUUGGAUUCUAACUACAAAAUGCUUUGUGAGUUGUAAAAUAAAACCAAAAACAUAUGAAAAAUAUUUGUCAGUAGUAAUCGAUCAUAUAAGUGAACAAGUUGGUUGGGAUUCUAUGCAGCAUUUGAAAAUUAAUCUUUCUACAGGGAUAAAUUAUAAUAUUAAGGAUGUUAUUUGCAAAGGCAGUCGUAUAAUACUAUCAAAAAAGUUCGAUGCUAUUAUUCAUAUAUUAAAUUACAUGUAUGCGGAAGUCAUAAAAACAUUUAUUGAUCAUAUUAGCGCUAUAGCUAAACGAUGUCAAGAAUAUUAUGACUUCAACCAGGGAGAUAAUUUAUUAAGUUGUACAGUUUUACUUCAAAGUGCUGUGGAAAAUUCAAAAACCAUGUUUGAACAGUUAUACAAUGUAAUGAACUAUCUUAGCAACAUAGAUUUUAAAAUAUUAGCGAGUGCAAAAAAAACUUUCUCUAUACCUAUAGUAGAUGAAAUUUAUACUUUUGUCGAAUAUGCAACAUUAAAAAGUCAACAAAAUAUACAGAUUUUUAUUGACCUAAACGAUCCAAACACAAUAAAAGAUGCUUAUAAGGUUAUUUUAGAUGUGAACAAUUUUAUUGAAGGAAAAGGUCACAAAACCUACCAAAAAAUUAAAAAAAAAAAUAGUUUAAUUGUUAACAAUCAUAAACCAAAGUUCUCACUUGAAGAGAAUCUAAAAGACUAUAAUGCACAACAAAAUAAAAACUUUGAGUUGAGUUAUUAUUUAAGUGAAUGGCUUAAUAUGUAUUAUGUUGAAAUUUCUACAAAUUUAUACAAUAAUCUUGGAUUUGAACAAGUUUUAAAUUUAUAUGAAGAAGGUAGUGUCAGACAUCCAGUUUAUUUAUAUGAAAAUAUUAAUCAAAAAGAGGGAAUCGAACUAAUAAAUGCAAUUACCAAAGAAAGUGGAUGGAAAUCGUUGAAGCCUAUUUAUAUUGUAUUUAAUGAUCAAGUUAUAAGCGUAGACCGUAUUCUUAGACAUCCAGCAGACAGACUAAAUUUUCAUUGUAAAAAAGAACAUAUAUUAAGAGUUAUCAAGUGCAUUUAUACAGAAAUACUGUUUAAGUAUUGCGACUAUGUAUUUUUCCUAAUUGAUUUUUGUGAAACGGAAAAAGUAAAUAGUAAUGAUGUAAUGUAUACAAAUUUUGUGAGACAAAUUUUUGAUGCAAUUCAUAAGACAACUAAAAUGUUUGAUAUAAUGUAUAAAACAUUAGUUUCUUUAAAUGAACUAAUAGGAGAAUAUUUUCAUGACAAUGUGAAUUCGAAUUUAAAAUGCUUUUGUUCUUUAAUAUCAAAAUUACUUGAGGAAAUAAAUUCUGGUAAUUAUUCACUGGAUGUUUUGGAUGGCAAAAGUGAUACCAGUGAACAGAGAGUACCACAAUUAUACGCAAAAACAUGCGUUAAAAAUAUCUCGACAUGUCUAAAUUAUCACAAAUCGAAAAACCGUUCUUUAAUUAUGUCGCAUGACAAACAAUGUCCAUUACAAAUUUUAUUGUUAAAGAUUGACAUACCUAAGUCAAUAAAUACCAAAAACUUUUCUACAGCUUGUAACGAACUCGUUGUAUUUUCUAAAAAUUUUAUAAAAGUUUACUAUGAAGAGUUAGGUUUAAAUAAAUUAAAAUAAUUUAUUAA